AUUGGUCACUUUAUUGAGCGUCUAAGGGGCUGAACUCUGUACAACUGUAAAAGUACAACAGCCCAGAAACAGAAGGUAACUUUUCCUCUGGAGCAGCAACGUUUCAAGUUCUUCAUACGUUUUCAAAGAUCACCAUGGAAGAUCCACUUGACAACAAAGCAGCUGAAGACAUUAAAGAAGCACUAGAAAACAAUAAUCAAGCCUUAGCUGUAGCAAAGAUCCAGGAGUAUUUGGAGAAGAAGAAAAAUACUCCACUAAAUAUUGCCGUCACAGGAGAGGCAGGCUCUGGUAAAUCCUCCUUUGUUAAUGCCUUUAGAGGCUUAGAUGAUGGUGAUGAUGGAGCUGCUCCCACUGGUUGUGUAGAAACCACCAUGGAGGUUACAGCAUACCCCCAUCCUAACUUUCCCAACGUCACACUGUGGGAUCUUCCUGGUAUUGGCACCACCAAGUUUCCAGCUGACAAAUACCUGAAGCAUGUUGGAUUUGAAAGGUUUGACUUCUUCAUCAUCGUCUCAUCUAAUCGAUUCAGAGAAAAUGAUGUGAAGCUCGCUCUGGAGAUCCACAAGAUGAAGAAAAAGUUCUACUUUGUUCGCUCAAAGAUCGACAAUGACUUACGUGAUGAGGAAAGAAGGAUGAAGAAAAAGAAGUCACAGUUCAAUGCUGAAAAGACUCUCAAAGAAAUCAGGGAAAACUGCACUCAAGGUCUUCAGCAACAACAUGUGGAGUCUCCACAAGUCUUCCUGGUGUCCAGCUUUGAUCUCCACCUGUAUGACUUCCCUCUUUUGGGGAAAACCUUAGGGAGAGAGCUUCCUGCACACAAGAGUCAUGCUCUGCUGUUGGCCAUGCCCACCAUCAGCCUGGAGGUCAUCAACAAGAAGAAAGAGGCUUUCCAAUCCGUUAUAGAACCUUGGGCUCUUCUUAGUGCACUUGGAGCAGCUAUACCAGUUCCUGGGCUUUCUUUAGUCCUUGAUGUGGAAGUGUUGGUUGGUGCUGUCACAGGAUACGUAAUUGGGUUUGGUCUUGAUGACCCAUCACUGCGUUCCCUCGCUAACAGAUCAAAUGUGCCAUUGGAUGAUCUGAUGAAGAUCAUUGUUUCACCACUGGCUGCAAAAGAAACAACCCGUGAUCUUGUCAUGGAGGUUAUUCUUUCAUUUGGAAGUGCAGCUGAGUUAACGACAGCAGAAGUAGUGUUCAGGUGGAUUCCACUAAUUGGAACCCCAGUAGCAAUGGUCUCCUCUUCUGUCUUCACCUACAAAAUUCUAAACAAGAUCCUUGACAUGCUUGCUGAGGAUGCACAGAGAGUGUUUGAACGGGCCCUGGGUUUGAAGACUCCAGUGUGAAAUUCUAGUUCAUUCAAGUUAACGACAUUCAAUGGCACGUUUGAAAAUUACAUGUACAAAAUAACUUUUGAAUUAUUUCCAUGAGUAGUUGCCUUGUGAGUGCAGUUAGUUUUGAUAUACAUAAUCUUUACAAAUCAUAAUCUUGAAUUCUAGCUGCACAUUUUAGCGCACAGUGCAUCAUACGUUUUGUAGUUGAUCACUCCAUCCAAUAUAAAUGCAGAUACUAAUAAAAACAUUGUUUAGCUUAAAGUGGGUAUUAACUAACCACUGUCUUUGUCCACACAGUCAACAUCAGCCCCUGUCACAAAUCAAAGACAUGUUGACAGUCUGUCUCGCAGACACACAAAGAACACACACACACACACACACACCUGACUUGACAACUAACGUUACUAUAUAACUGCAAUUAAACUUCACUACACUGCAUGUUAUUGUAAUUUAAGCGCCCUGACAGAGUGUUUAUCUCAUUCUUGAGUCCAGGCGCAUCAUAUUCACAUUAGGUAGGUUUACGCUGCCUGCUGACACCUUGAUCACGGUCACCCAUGAAUAUUAAGUAGCCAUGUGGCAGUCUCUUCACAAUAUGAUUCCAUCAGACCUUAUAUCUACACUGCUUAACCAAAGUCGGCAGAGCCAAAACCAAAGAAAAGGCUGGAUCACUAACAUGCUGCUGCUGCAAUAUGGAAGUGAGAGAGCGAGAAGAGGUCACCACCUCCUCUUUAUAACCUUCCCUUAA